AUGGCAAGCAAAAUUAUGGCGGUGUCGGGGGAAGCGGAGAAAAGUUUGGUGCGUCCAAUGAAGCCGCUAGACGGAGGGCAAGUUUCCGUCCAGGAAGAACACACUUCAAAUCGCAUGCUAGUCUCACAGACACCAUUUAGCUCUACAACUGAAACGACGGCAACCUACAUAGCUAAUCAAUGGCAUCUAACAGUUAAUCUAUCUCACCAAGUAGAAAUCAUAACCACAACAAUGCAGAUCGUCGCAACACAACAAACAGAGAUACUUGUUUCUCAGCAACAAUUUGUUCCACAUAGUUCAAGCACCAGGACCUAG